UUUCAAACUGAAUUUUAGACAGCGUUAUCCAGUAAACCGCAUGUCUUCUUCUCCAUCGCCAGCACGCUCGCUCUCCCCACUCUCUCCAUCGAUGCAAUGGCGCUUCUCAACGUCUCUCCGUGCACUUCCAGAGUCCCGCCAAAGUCCCCUCUCUUUCCCUCCAAAUCUCUUCCUCUCCGGGUUUCAUGUCUCCCCAUUUGCUCCGAUUCUCGUCCACCGGUUCGAAAUCUUGCCUCGCCUUUGGCAUUGUGCGAAUCCGUAGCAAGAACAAGCGCGCUUGCCCUUUUGUCCGCUUCCUUGUUCUUUGCUGAUCCUGCUCUCGCAUUUAAGGGAGGAGGUCCAUACGGUGUGGGAGUUACAAGGGGUCAGGAUCUUACCGGGAAGGAUUUCAGUGGCAAGACUCUAAUAAAACAAGACUUCAAAACGUCCAUACUCCGACAAGCCAAUUUCAAAGGUGCAAAUUUACUCGGUGCAAGCUUCUUCGAUGCUGAUUUGACAGGGGCUGACCUUUCAGAUGCUGAUCUCAGAGGUGCCGACUUUUCCUUGGCUAAUGUAACAAAGGCAAAUCUAAACAAUGCUAACUUAGAAGGUGCACUAGCAACAGGAAACACAUCUUUUAAGGGAUCAAACAUAAAAGGUGCAGACUUCACAGAUGUGCCUCUGAGAGACGAUCAACGAGAGUACCUUUGCAAAGUUGCAGAUGGGGUGAAUCCUACAACUGGAAACGGAACACGUGAGACACUGCUUUGCAAUUAAUCAUACGACAGUUUUUUUCUGGGUAUAUAGCACGACAAUGAAGGAAAGAGUUUAGCUCGGACUUAUUCGUUGGAGCUGAGAUUUCUAUUGAUCUCCAGAUCUUGAGUUUGUAUUGUAUUUUGAGCAAGAAUGAUGGGCUUGCUUCCUUAUAUAUGUAAACGAUCUGUAUAUCGUGUGGUACU